AUGGGUCAUCUGGAGAUCGUCAAAUUCCUCGUUGACUUUGGUCAUGACUCGUCCGACCCUGACGUUGCUCGGGUAGGCUUCAACACUUCUCCCGGAAUCAGCCUCAACACCGACUCUUCCACCCCUCUCCUUUUAGCAGCUGCCAACGCUCACGCCAGCUGUGUCGAAUUUCUCUGCAGCUCAUUCCCCCAAACCAUUGGGCGCGCGGAUAAGAACGGCGCCACGCCGUUGAUGCUAGCAGCUCGAGCGUCAAAUCCGAGCAACGCACCCCAAAGCACGAAAAUAGUGCCCCCCAGGCAGCGACCGCGUGCGGCAUCGAAUCCUACGUCUGCGGAGGAUACGACGACUGUGGCUACAUUGCUGGAUUAUGGCGCGGAUGUCACAGCACAUGAUAACGCAGGCAAUACGGCUUUGCAUUAUGCUAGUGCGUGGGGAAAUUUGAAAACAUUCAGGUUGCUGGUGCAGCGGGGUGCGCCGCCGCUGGCCAAAAACAAUGCGGGGAGUGUUCCCGCGGAUUAUGCGCUUACUGGUCAGGCGGCUGUGUAUUGCAGAAGCUUGGUGGCCGAGUAUGCAAGGCAAAAGGGGGAAACCGAGCUCCCUGUGGAGGAAGACCAGGAGAAUCAACAUCAACUUCUGCAGCAACAACUGCAUCAGAACUUGAAACUGAAAGUCAAAGCGAGCGACUUGGGUCAGUUCGCUAAUGACUCCAGAUUAUCGCCCAUUUCUCCAAAUGAAACUAGAUUGAAGGAAUUCGGCGGUCGAGAAACCGGAAGCCCGCGAAAACAACCUCUCAGCGCCGGAGGACUAGGAUUGCGCCUAGUUGACGAUGAUGAUACGGAUCGAGACGACGGUACACCUUCGACCGUCUUUAAAAUGAGCUUCCCGAGACUAGAAACGAAUGGAGAUUACGAGAGCGACUGA